UCUGCCUUUCUCUUACCCUCUCCCCAUAUCUCUCACCAUCCCAUUCUUUCUUUCUUUCAGGCCAUUUCGUUCCCCUUCUGUCUCCCUCUAAUAAUCUCAGAGCCAAGAAUGUCCCUGUUUCCCUUUACCCGUCCAGCUGCAAUGGAAGUCCUGCUCUUAACUCUUACAACAAUCCUGGCUGUUACCUCUGAUCAAGAACUUAAAGACGAUUUCUACAACAGUUUGGGACCUGGUUAUUCGUAUGGUUAUCUUCUGACACCUCCAACACAACAAUUCUCUACCGUAUCAAGUGUACUGGAAUGUGCCAGCAUCGCUCUGAACAGCCAAUCAGAAUUCUUUACUUACCACAAAGUCAGCCAUGUUUGUAAGAAUUACUCACCGAAAAAUAUAAUGACAGUCGUCAGCACGAAUGACGUCAACGAGAUUUCCUUCUAUAGAUAUAGCCAAUGGAUUAAAACAUAUGGUAUAUCAAUGGGAGCUGGUUCAAAAGUCUAUAAUUCAUUUAAAAAUAAGAAAAGUCCUUCAACCUGGAAAGUGGACAAAUGCAAGGGUAUCUUCUGUCCUAACUUUUUCCGACAUCCUAUUCUUGAUUUCUGGAAUCAUCUUCCAAUUGAUGAGGUGAAACUGGUGAUUUAUAAAAAUCAAACAGUUGUGUUGACUAUGGUUUUCGACGGACGAAAUUCAACCUUUGAAAGCUGGUUCUCUCUUGCAAACUUGAAAAGUUCUCCAUGGAAUGACCUAUCUUCAACCGACCCAGAUCAUUUCUCAAUUAAAGGAUAUACAGGUUUACGUCGCUUCUAUAUAUCGGAGCAGAGUAGCUGUUUAUACGAAAGUGGCUGGCUAGCCUUAAUUGAAUCUGAAGGAUACUGUAUUUAUGAGCAAAUGGGUCAUUAUCCUACAAUUCAUUAUUCUGAUGCAAACUCGAUUGUCCGCUGGAACGACGGUUUCGGAUUAGCAGACGCCUUGGCCAUAUUCAUCCGCCUGAGGCAGUAGAACUAACCCCAGCACAUGAUAUCCAUUGAUACUAUUGUUCUUGUUGUUCACGUUCACCCAAUCCAGCUGACCACCACAAGUGAUGCACAAACGUCAAGUAUUACCUGUCAAUAAAGA